CCACAUUGCACUCAAUCCCCAAUUUCGCGUCUCAACUUCCGUCGAUUUUGACCUAUUUCAUACCUCAAGGCACUCGACAGACAACACCUGCGAAGCGGAAUCGAGAGGAGUGCGGAAGAUGGUGUGCUUGGCGUGCUUGUUGCCCCUCUUCUUGAUUCCGGUGGUCAAUGCUUUGCCUUUGCUCUUCGACUUCAUUGUCGGUAAAAUUUAUCAUCUUUUUGGAUGGGAAUACAGAAAGCCUGAAAGGGUGCCACCUGCUUGUCCUUACAAGCCUGUAUCCAAGAAAAAUGGAGAUCUAACUGAGACAGAGAAUCAAGUGGAACCACCAAAGUCUGCCGCAGAAUCAAGUGACAAAAAAGACUAAAGUUGCAGCAAACUGACUUUUCUCGACACGGUGCCAAUUUUAAAGUUGUAGAAACAUAUUGAUCUGCAAUUUGUUGUUCCAACUGAUUCACGUUACCAACUAGCUGAAAUAAAUCUGUGGACUUGUUCUGAAACA